UGGCGAGGGAACGAUUGGUUGACAGGGCUCAAUCGCACUCGUAUACCCAACGGCUCAUCCCACCACCAAAACUCAUUCCCGCCUCCCACCUACGCCACGCGCCACCAGAGAUGAAUUCGACCUCACCGGACCACUCUCCUCAACCGCCGCCGGGCGACGGGUCGGGUAAGAAAGUCCGAAAGCCGUACACAAUUACCAAGUGCAGAGAGAGCUGGACCGAAGAAGAGCACGACAAGUUCCUCGAAGCACUCCAACUUUUCGAUCGCGAUUGGAAGAAGAUUGAAGAUUUUGUCGGCUCAAAGUCAGUAAUUCAGAUUCGAAGUCAUGCGCAGAAGUACUUUUUGAAAGUUCAGAAGAAUGGAUCGGUGGCUCAUGUACCUCCACCUCGGCCUAAGCGCAAAGCUUCUCAUCCGUACCCACAGAAGGCAUCCAAAAACGUUUUGAUUCCGUUACAAGCAGCAAUUGCUUAUCCUUCUUCGUCUGCGAAUCCUCUCAUACCUGGAUUUCCAUCGUGGGAUGAUGUCUCGGUUCUUGUGAACAUACCAAUGGUCUCCGAAAGUAAAUACCGUUUUCUUGGAGAUGAAGCUGAUAUCGGAGCAAAGGGGGCUGCAACUAUUAGUAACUGCAGUAUGAGUGGCUUUGGAAGUUCACCAGGAGCAUCAACAAGUUCCGAGUUAAUCGAGCAGGGAAAACAAGAUGCUAUGCUUCUAGGUAUUCCAGAUUUUGCGGAAGUAUAUAGCUUCAUCGGGAGUGUCUUUGAUCCCGAUAGUAAAGAUCAUGUCCAAAAACUGAACGAGAUGGAUCCCAUAAAUUUCGAAACUGUCGUGUUAUUGAUGAGAAACCUUAGCAUCAACAUGUCCAGCCCUGAUUUCGAGCCAAUCGGUUUGAACAUUUGUCUGCAGAGAGAGUGUCUGUCAUCAUAUGAAGCCCAUGCCAAGUCCGUAGAGUGUUCUCCUGGAACUGUCGUUAGUGCUGAAUAAAGAUCAGUCGAUUCGUCUUAAACUCUGUAAUUAUAAUCCUUUUGUAAUCUAAAAUAUUGAAUAUGGAGUAAGGUUAUAUUUGUGCAGAUAUCGAUCUUUUAGCAGCACAUUUUCUUACGAAAAAAAAAAAAAAACAUCCAUGUUUCAACUUUGUUAGACACGUUGUACUAGAAUGCUCUCUUAGCUGGUUUUUUCAAAUUCGUCGUCAACCGUGCCGAGUGUACGCAGGUUGAACACUUUUGUAUUUAUCAUGUAAAUGGUGCAUAUUCUUGGUGUAAACUUUUAACCAGGGUUUGCUAUCUCUGGUGCAAAUCCAGUGAACUCCUUUUAUAUUCGAGAUUAUUUAUUAUAAUUUCGUUUA